CCACAAGUACUGCUACUACCCGUCAUCCUCCUUGACCUCUUACCACCACCUUUGUCUUCAAUCAGAGAUAGUACAUCCUUUAUACAGAAUUGGAGUCAUGGCCAUGUUGUAUACCUUUUAUAACGCUACAGAUACCCGUCAUGAUGGUAGCCCAUCUUACCUGCCAGCUUCUCUCCCUGCCCUCCCUGCAGACAUUCUUUUCGAGAUCGCCAAUUUCCUGAACACAUUUUCAGACAGACUUCAUUUGAGUGCCACGUGCAAGGAAAUCUACCCGAAAGCCCUUCCUUCCAUUUACGCUCACGUACAACUCCAAGGUCUUCCACAAUGCGAGGCCACGCUCCAGAUGCUGAAGCAUUCGCCGGACAUUGCGAGACAUGUCCAAUCUCUCGUCAUUCGACCAGAAUAUCGUCGUCAGGGCAGAAAACCCGAGUAUAUCCGAACAUGGAACAAUCCUCAUGUCGCGUCCGUGCUUGUCACAGCUGCAGCACCAAAGAUGGACGCCCUGCAGAGUUUUGUUUGGGAUGGAGAGGAUACGUUGCCCGAUGAUCGGAUGUGGGAUAUUUUGAGGAAGUGUUGCCCAAAUUUGAAGCAUAUAGGAACGACAUUUGGCUCGUUCUUGCCUAGCCCACAUAGUCAUUUAUUCAACUUCAGAGACCUAGAGGGUUUCUCGCUCGUCUUGAGAGAUGGGUUUUAUGCUCAACAAUUACAUGUCCCAAGUCGCGAGAGCAACCCGGUCUUCAAUCGACUUUGGGACAUGCUCGUCACGCACUCCCCAGAUCUCAAAUAUCUCACCAUCACAGGUGAUGGAUCUUCAUCUGAGCCAAUAGAUAUCACCCGUCUCGCCUCAGCCACUUGGCCCCAACUCUGUUCCCUCACCUUUGGUAGCGUCAGCGUCACCCCUCCUUCCCCAACCGCCCAACUCCUUCCGGCCACGUCACAAAGCCCAACUCCAUUGGUGAGUUUUAUAGAUAGACACGUCAACAUCAAGCGCUUGAGUUUGCAUGGACGCCCGACGACAUUCUUUGGGAACACGAGUGUAGGGCCAGGAGAGUUGGGAACGCUGGAUGGGAAGGCUCUUCCGGGGUUAUGUGAGUUUAGUGGUUCGUUGGAUCAUCUGCGCGCUUUGGCAGGCCGCGGGAUGAGCGGAGGCGAUCCCAAUGUUCCUGUCAACGCUGUCAAUGCUCCCAACCAAGCUAACAAUGCUCAGAAUAAUAAUAACUCGAAUACCCCACCUACCCCCACUUCCCCGCUCGCCCACACGCUCCGAACGAUCCGAUUCCCCAGCCCCAUUCAGUUGCGGGACCUCACCCCACUUGCCAUUAGUAGCGUGUUGGGGAGUAUGCAUGCUCUGAGGAACCUGAGUAUUGGAUUUUGGUUGCAGAGUGGGUACGAUAGUAAUGGGGUGUUGAGGACAAUUGUGAGUAGUUGUCCGGGGUUGGAGAGGUUGGAGUUGGUUUGUGGGUGUAAGCCUAGUUUCUAUUUGGAAUCGUUCUCGCGCACGCUGAGAACACUGACGAAACUCACUUCCCUCUCACUCACUAUUGUCAAAGUGCCCGGGGAUGAGCCUAUGCACAUCGGAGCCUCGCGCAUCGCACUGUCCAAUCCCCGCUUGCACACAUUUACUAUCACCUACCUCCCACCAUCCCCAUCCUCGUCUCCUUCCCCUCCCUCCGCCUCCUCCGCCUUCGUACUUGAUCCAUUCAACUCAGGCGGGUUUAGCUCAGUGGAUUCAAAGUUCUACGGAGACGUCGAACCACUUGAAGUAGGCCACUACGAACUCGUAUGUGAUCCUCACGGCAUCCCCGUAUCGCUCAUAUGCUGGGAACGAAAACGCCGGAAUUACAUUCCCUCUAUGCCUCUUGCUUCUCUAUAUUCUAUACCCUUCCUCCCAUUUGCCCCUCUAGACGCACUGAGGCUUGGUUUUGGUGGGUUAAUUGGAAUAGGUGGCUUUGGGAGCUUCGGAGGAUUGAGUGGGUUUGGGAACUUGCUUGCGAGGUUAAGCGCGAUCGCGUGGAGGUCUCCGCUCUAUCCUUUGGGAGUACCUUCCCUUCAUCCUCCUCCACAUCAUAUGCACGUUGCCCUUCCCGUUGCUCAUUCCCCGCUCAUCAACUUUCCCACCUUCCCCAGCUGGACUUUUUUGGCACUGCUCAACUUCUUCAGCGACAACACUAGUGGCUGUACUAGUACGGAACGAUGUUGCGGGUUCAGUAGUUCAGGCAGGUUGGGGAGGGGCAAGCGGUGGGUGUGCGAGUUGAGACCGAGUGGACACCCAGAUGUUCCGAAAAAGACUUGGGCACAGGUGUUGAUGGAGAAAGGGCCCGCAGGAGAGGAAGCGAGGCUGUUAGCGAUUUGUGCGUGCUUGAUGUUGUUGGCUGUAUGGGGAAUUGGGCAGGCUGUUUUCUAAGUCUAUGGCUUGAGUGUGGGAGGUGUUGGGCGCUGGAGUGUGUGGUUAGGAUUGGGGGCGGGAAGGAGAGACUAAGUUAUUACGGAUGGAUGACUGAAUGACUGAAGGAAUGGAAAGAUACCCUUAUGAUGCAAACAAUUUGGAACAUUAGUUUAGAUUGCUGUAGUAUGUAAUGUGUGCUUCUAGUCUCUAGAUUGUUUCAUGAAUAGAUGAUUAUUUUAUUCUAUUGUAUCUUUGCUAGUAUCUUGUGUAGAUCACAGCAAGUCUCACUUAUGCACUAGGUUUUUCAAUAUAGAAUGGCAACAUUUUUAUC